GGGGAACUGAGGGGAGCCACGGGCUCUCGGCCGCUCCCCAGGAGCCGGGCUGGAGAGCUGGCGGGGGCCAUGUGACGCGACUAGCGGACCCCUGGACACCCUCAGCACAGACGCCUGAGGUCAGAGCCUGCAGCAUGGCCAGCGCCAAGCACCCUGGGAGCCCCGGAUGGACAGGACGUACGGCCCGGAGCCCGGCAGGGGCCAAGCAGGAAGCAACAGCCGCUGGCCCAGACCUCCCCUCUCCAGGACCUGAAGGGGACUCAGACGGCGAUGGCAGCCCGAGCCCCAACUCCAGCAUGACCACGCGGGAGCUGCAGGAGUACUGGAGGAACGAGAAGGGCUGCUGGAAGCCCGUCAAGCUGCUCUUCGAGAUCGCCUCGGCCCGCAUCGAGGAGAGAAAGUUCUGCAAGUUUGUGAUGUACCAGGUCGUGGUCAUCCAGACCGGGAGCUUCGACAGCGACAAAGCCGUCCUGGGGCGGCGCUACUCGGACUUCCAGGCGCUCCAGAAAAGCCUCCUCAAGACCUUCCCGGAGGAGAUCGAAGACGUGCCCUUCCCCCGGAAGCACCUGGUGGGGAACUUCACGCAGGAGAUGAUCCUGGAGCGCAAGCUGGCCUUCAAGGAGUACCUGAGCCUGCUCUACUCCAUCCGCUGCGUGCGCAGGUCCCGCGAGUUCAUCGACUUCCUGACGCGGCCCGAGCUGAAGGAGGCCUUCGGCUGCCUGCGGGCCGGCCAGUACACCAAGGCCCUGGACAUCCUGCUGCACGUGGUGCCCCUGCAGCAGAAGCUGACGGGGCACUGGCCCGUGGCCGUGGUGCCCGCCCUCUGCGCCAUGCUGGUGUGCCACCGGGAGCUCGAGCGCCCCCUGGAGGCCUUUGCGGCCGGCGAGCGGGCCCUGGAGCGCCUGCACGCCCGGGAGGGGCACCGCUACUACGCGCCGCUGCUGGAGGCCAUGAUCCGCCUGGCCUACGCGCUGGGCAAGGACUUCGUGUCGCUGCAGGAGAGACUGGAGGACUGCCAGCUCCGGAGGCCCACCGCCCGGGGCUUCACCCUGAAGGAACUGGCCGUGCGGGAAUAUCUGUGACGUGCGGCUCUGGCAAGACUGCUGCGGAUCUGAGACCACCGUGUGCGGCGCCUUUGGAUGGGGGGAGAGCCACGUGGGGCCGCUGGGGGCUCGAACCUGCUGGGUGCCCUUGGGCAAGCCCCUCCUCCGGUCCUCCACUUCCCCAUCUGUGUCGAACUGAGGUUCUCCCGGACGUCCUUAGCAGCCUCGGCUGCGUGUGUCCUGUGUCCCUUAGGCGGCAGGCUCACUUUAUCUCAAAACCACCAGCCCGGCGGGGGAGGGUGGGGGCCCCCGGGACAGGAGGCUCCGCCUCCCGGAUGGUCCUGUAGGUAGUCGCAGCGGACGUAUCAGCUGCACGCGGCGGGGGCAGCGUCACCCAUUUCUGCUCCUCCUGCGUCUUUUCUGUGUCUCCUUCCCUCUCCAAGCUGCUACCUCGGCAAAUGGCAAACAUUCCCACCCAUUUUCCUAAGCAUUCUGGUCUUCCUUCUUAGUGUCUGGGCCCAGUUCAGCAAACACAAGGUGGAUUGAAUGCUCAGCACCUCCCCAUCCGAGGCACAACGUUCUUGGAGGUUCUCUCGCGGAUUGGCGUGACCCCCACUGAAGUCUGCUGCCAGAAAAGGACACCAAGGGCCCCAAAGUGGAGCGGAGUGUGGACUAAUGACCUGGGUUCGACACUGGACCUGAAGCGGAUGGCACAGCUCAUGUGGGCCCAGGACGUGUCUGAGGCUGGAGCUUCCUGAGGCUCUAAACCGUCUGGCUGAGCUUAGCAGGGCAAGCUACGGAGGAUGGGACCCAGGAGCCUUCAUGUGGGGCGCCGCGCUGGCCUGGGCAGGAAGCUGGCUCUGCAAAGGGGUCCCCAAGCCGUGGACCAGCAUUCGCUGAGCCGCACCAGAAGGCGCUUCAACAGCGACACCAUGAGGCGACGCCUGCCAUGGCCCCUCCAGGCUCUGUCCGGAAGGCAAGAACCUCGCUGAUACCUUGGAGCAAGGGAAGCCUUCACGCCUCUCUACCUGCUCCAGGGGAGGAGGGGCACUUCGGGUGGGGAGACACUGGGCUUCUUGAAAAUUAAAGCGUUAGAGGC